AUGGCGGGCGACUGUGGCUCAGUCUGCCCCAUGGCGGAUGGAUUCUACAGUGCCAAACCAAACAUAGGAGCCAACGGGGCUCUUGUCGCCUUGUUUGCCGCGUUGGUGCCACUCUGCCUCUUCUAUGGGCUGCGAUACCGUACCAUUAUCUUCUCCGGCUUCCUGUCGACUGGCUCCCUGCUCACUGCAUUGGGCUUCCUCGGACGCCUUCUCCUCAACAGCACGCCCACGAGCCAGGGAUACUUCCUGCUGUCGUUACUGGGAACCGUCCUUGGACCGGUCUUCAUCACCGGGGCUGCUUUUGAAGCAUUGCCGCACAUUCUGAAUGUGUAUGGCGAACGGCUCAGCCCAAUCAGGCCCUGGAUAGUGGCCAUUGCCCUUUACACCGCUUGCCUUGUGGUUGGCCUGCUGGAGCUGAUAGGACUCUGCUUGGCUGCCUUCCCCCCAGGCAUGGAUCGUAAGAGCGGUACGAGCUUGAUCGCAGGUGGGCUGGGCGUGCAGCUCUUGGCCCUUGUGGGCUUCACAGCCAUACAUGCUUGGUUCAGAAUGGGCCUCAGGACCAGGCGAGCCGACAUCGAUCCGAAACACGCUGCCCUGUAUGAAUCAGCCAGGUUUAGACGGUUCUUGCUUUCUACACAGCUUGCCGUUCUCCUCUUGGCCGGUUACUCGACGUACAGGAUUGCCGAGAUGGCGCAAGGCGUUGCAGGGUCCUUGUUCCAGAACCAAUAUGUGACCUGCGUCUUGGAUGGACUCGUCGUGUGGCUGGCGGCCUUGCUCCUGCUGUUGCCUCACCCGGGUUACACGUUUCGUGCUGCUUGGGGGCCAACAUCAGCUUUCCGCCACCGUAAGCGACUGCAACGUCGUCGGACGCCGCCCACGCCGCUCAACCCAAUGCAGCACCGACCGGAGGGGUACAAGGCGCAUGCGAGGUACGACCCUAAUAUCCGAGCCCAGAUCUCGCCCACCUCGCAGCGGUCGCCAAGGGCAUCCGAACCUCCAGCCAGCUCGCCCGGCCUGCCCUCUCACCCCAAGGCUUCCCUCAGGACGAGCCCGAUGCCCUCGCCCACGGAGACAAUGCAGACGACUGGCACGAUUGAGAACAGGACCAGCUUGAAGGCUGAACGGAAAAGCAAUGUCCCGCCCAAGAGGUUGGUUGAGGAAGAUACCCUCUGGUAG